AAAAAAAAAAAAAAACUUAUUCAAAAUAUAAAUUUAAAUAUUUCACUCAUCUUUACAAUUCAUUAUAAAGUCAACAUUACAUCAAUGCAGAAUUAUCAACCCAUUUCCGCUCCUAAAACCGUCUCAUACGGUUCAUUUCAACAAUAUUCUUAUUUUCCUGCGCGAGCAAAUCCUUUCGCUCCACCACCUUCGAAUUUCACACCGCAACCUCCAAAAGAUUCUCCUAGUUCAUCCGUAAUUCAUCCAUUGCUUCCAUUGCUUCACACUAAUGAAUUUUCCUAUCGAUUUCAAACUGAGUCCGAUUCUUUAAUCUAUCAAGUUUUUUGCGAAAAGAUUUCCGCAAAAAUUUUAAAUGAAACAAUUAACAAUAAAUUAGAAGAUGGCGAGCAUAUAUUUUUCUAUAGUCAAAGAAGUGACAACCAAAUAUAUAAAGUAACAUGCAAAUUAGAUACUCCGAGAUUUCUGACAUUAUAUCAAAAAAAGAAUCUCGAAUUCAAAUUGUCCACAUAUUUAAGCGAUUACUUCAUAAUUGAUUAUGAAACAUUAGUUCAGGUCCUUUUAUACUGUAUUAAAUAACUUCUAGAUAAAUGUUUUUUUAAACUGAAGAAAAAUUUUUGCUUUAUUAAUAUUAAUAUAAUCUUUUUUUUUUUU